AUGCUGCCCACUGGGUCACUACACUGGGUCACUACACCGGGUCACUACACCGGGUUACUACACUGGGUCACUACACCGGGUCACUACACUGGGUCACUACACCGGGUCACUACACUGGGUCACUACACUGGGUCACUACACUGGGUCACUACACUGGGUCACUACACCGGGUCACUACACUGGGUCACUACACCGGGUCACUACACUGGGUCACUACACUGGGUCACUACACCGAGUCACUACACUGGGUCACUACACCAGGUCACUACACCGGGUCACUACACCGGGUCACUACACUGGGUCACUACACUGGGUCACUACACCAGGUCACUACAUCGGGUCACUACACCGGGUCACUACACUGGGUCACUACACCGGGUCACUACACUGGGUCACUACACCGGGUCACUACACCGGGUCACUACACUGGGUCACUACACCAGGUCACUACACCGGGUUACUACACUGGGUCACUACACCGGGUCACUACACUGGGUCACUACACCGAGUCACUACACUGGGUCACUACACCGGGUCACUACACCGGGUCACUACACCGGGUCACUACACUGGGUCACUACACUGGGUCACUACACGGCACUGUGGCUGAGUGGAUAG